AUGGACCUGACGGAGGCUUUCGCGCCGGGAGGUGGCGGCGAGGAUCUGCCGAAGACAGAUUUUUUCGAUUUUGUGGUGUCGCCGCCGCCGCAUUGCGCCUCGGCUGAUGGCGUCGUUUCCGAUGAGGAAAGCUUUCUACACCGCGGUACCAGCGGCUGUCGCACUAUGGGCGGCUACCUUCCACAGACUCAUGAGGACCACGAGAGUUCGCACGGCGGUUCACCUUUCAUUAAAGAAACCAAUAAUAAUACACUGACAGCGCUACCGCCUGUCUCGACUAUCACCGGUUCGUUAAGCCAUCACCAUCAGCAUCAUCAUGCGCAUCACCAAGUGCGUUCGCAGCAUGGAAAUGUUCAGACCGGCGAUACUGCUAUGGAUCAGUCCGAGUGCGAUUAUUGGGGCCAGGAGGACGAGAGCAAGGAGCAGACGUGCAACAUCUUAUUGGAGGACCUCAAUAAGUAUUGUUGGUCUUCAAACGCACAUACCAACGACAGCGUCAUUCAUCCGGCGGCGGGUGGUCCCAAUGAUCACCAUCAGGCCGUGAGUUCGGGCCGCGCGAGUUGCACUGCCAACGACCGACAAAACACGGACGGUGCCAUUUACACUCUGACCGUGCUAAACAACGAGGCAAACUCGAUGGACGCGUUGGACUGUUGCAAGAGUCCAGCACCCGCGUCCGGAGACUCUUGGUCCUUACGGCCUAACCUUGAUCUAGAUGCCAUUCUAAGCAUGGAACCGACCUCCGGCGAGCAAGAUCACGACCAAGCCAGCGGCGAGGUACCCAGAAGCGUUAAUGAGAGGUUUCACGGCGCGGAUGGUCGCGGAUUCACUGUGCCCUCGUCGCAAUACGCUACGGACGACAGCGGAUUCGUCGAGAGCAAAGAAUUAUGCGCGCGAGCAUCCUCGGCUAACUGCUCCGGCGAUAACAAUAACGACUGGAAACUGUCAGAUCAAAAUCUACAGGAGGUUGCGGCCGCCGCUGCUGCCGCGGUUGUUGUUGGUGGGGAUUCUGCCGAAAGUCUCCUGAGAAGCGCUCUUCAGGGGAAACUGUAUACCGGAUCGGCCCAGUCAGUUUCCUCGUCUUCGCCAUCCUCACAGGCGUCCACCAUCUCGAUGCCGGUUUCAGGAACUGCGGGUCUAAUGGUGUCCGAUCAACAACAACAGCAGCAGCAACAACAGCAGCAGCAGCAGCAACAGCAACAAGAAGACUCCAUGCAGGCUUGCACUGAUGAGGAUCUGCUGCUCUCACAGCUGGAUCAGACGACCUAUCGACCGGGUGAUUAUGAGAAGCUGAAGAGCAUCGCGAAUGAGGUAGUUGAGUCGUACUGCAGUCUUGAGCCGGUGUGUAACGUGUCGGCGACCACUACAGUGAUGUACACUUUGGAUCCAGCAAGCGGAAGUUUGGGUACUAUCACGUUACCGGCCGAUUUGGGUCAGGUAAGUACCGUGACGGUAGUCACGGCCGCUCAGCAAGACGUUCUGCAGCAACAAUCUGCUCAGCGAACCGAUGUGGAUCAGCAGCAGCAGCAGCAGCAGCAGCAGCAGCAGCAGCAACAGCCACAAUCGGGUCAGCUGCAGCUGACUUCCGGCCGGGUGGGCGUCACCUCCAAGCCGCCGAAGAAAUACGUCAGGCGCGCCAAUCGCAACAGCAAUAACGCCAACGGCGCUAGUAACGGUAGCACCGGAACGGAAGCCAGCAAUACAAGUCAGCAACAGACCGGCGGUUCAGGCGGCUCGCCCGGUAGCGUUCAGCGCAAGGAACGCUCUCUGCAUUAUUGCAGCAUCUGCAGCAAGGGCUUCAAAGACAAAUACAGCGUAAACGUGCACAUCCGGACGCAUACCGGCGAGAAGCCAUUUGCUUGUUCGCUUUGCGGCAAAAGCUUCCGUCAAAAGGCCCAUCUAGCUAAGCACUAUCAGACCCAUGUAGCCCAGAAGCCCACCAGUAUCCAGCAAACCGCUUCCGGAAAUAGCGUUAGCGGUGGAAACAACGGAAAUACCAGUCCAACGGCGGAGACUAACGCGACCUCUGUGUCCCCCGCAAUCACCAGCAGGGCCCAGAUCGCCGUGGAUCCCACAGGAACCGCCUGUAGUCCUCCCAGUUAG